CUCCGAUCGAGACUUGCUAGUGGCAUAGUUUGGCGGUAUCUAUUCUCCAAACUUAUUGCUGCAUUUAAGUUAACACGCAGUUUGGCAGCAAAGGCUUUUCAAACUUCUCUGCCACUUUGUAAGGAAACUUUCUUCUCUGCUGCUAUGGAGGAUCAUCUGGUCCUUCGAUAUCAGAAGCUGAUGACAGAAAGUUCAAGUAAGCCACUUUUUGAUCUGCGGAAGCUCAACGCAUCACUUCCUGUUCCUCCCGUGAAAGAUCAUUCCAUGAAGAUCCUUGCCUUGGGAGCAAAUGAUGAUUUCAUAGUGGAUGCAGAGGGACUUAGAGAAACAGGUAGGUUUUAUGGAGUGUCACCUGUUUGUGUGGAAGGGGUUGCACAUGACAUGAUGUUGGAUUACUCAUGGGAGAAAGGUGCGCAUGUAAUUCAAUCUUGGCUCAAUGCUUUGGACACAUAAGCAGCCUGAAUCAAUUAUGUUUCUAGAAUACUUCUGAUACGAUCAUGUCUCUUAUGAUCUUCCAAUUGUUUUAGUUUACCUUUAUUACUUGAUACGAUCAUAUCUCCAAUUAUUUAGUUAUAUUUUGAUUCA